GGGGAAAUUAAGACAAGUGUACUGGUCAACCGGGCAGAUGUCCUGGAGAGUACAGAGGAAGCAGUAGAGGAGGAUGAAAAUUUCAACUUUUAUGCUGUCCCUGAAGUAGAAUUCGCUGGGAAGAUGCCACCGAUCUUGGCGGGCCGAUGAGGGAAUAUUUUAGCCUCCUACUGAACGCAAUAGUUGUAGGCGAUUGUUUCGAUGGUGAGUCGGAGAAGCGUUCCUUCUCACUGAACAUUAGCCAUCUGGAGGAGAAGAGGUACUUCCAGGCUGGUCGUUUCCUGGCAUGGAGCUUGCUCCAUGGUGGCCCCGGUCUUAAGUACCUCAGCAACCAAGUGUGGUCACUGAUGACCGGUGGAGUCAUUGAAGAUGAGGAUGUCAGCCAUGUGCCAGAUAUUGAUGUGCAGAAUAAAUUAAACAAGUUGAAGGAGUGCAAGACUGAUCAGGAGUUCUGCCAGGUCUGCAGGGAACUUGCAGAUUGGGGAUAAGAUCGCGGUUGCCCCCAGAU